CACCACGCGCCUUACCCUCUCUCUUAGCUGUAGCAUGUCCACGCAGUCUCCGCAUCCAUCCAACUCCGACUCAGACUCGGACGACGACGACUUCGCCGCUUCGUCGGCCUCUGAGCGCGGUGCUUCGCCUGCCGCUGGCCCAAUCGCAGAGGCGGCGCCGCUCGAGGAUGACGAGGCUGAAGCGCUGCGCGCUGAUGCUGAAGAGGCUGGAGAGGUCGUGAGCGGCCGCAGGAGGAGACGGGCAGGAGAGGAUGACGACGCAAGUGAAGCUCAGCUGCAGAGCGCGAACAGCGGAGCAGCGGCGUCAGACGCGCUGUGGGCUGCAUUCCAGGCCAGCACAGAGGAGGAGACGGCCGCCCCGCCAAGCGUGGCGAAGCCACAAGAGAUGGUCGCUGUGCCGCGCACCUUCAGAUAUGCCGGCACGACGGAGAGCAAAAUGGAGCUGCUACCUGCCUCACAUCCCGAUGCCGUCGCCUUCCUCGCCUCGCAGCGCGCUGCGGCUGGCGAAGCUGGUGCAUCGAGUGCCGGCGCUUCGAUGUCUGCCGCAGCCGGGCCCAGCUCCGAAAGUGCGCCUGCCAGCAGCUCCACGCCGAGCGCAUCUUCGUCGCAAGCACAAGCGCCACCAGCUCGGCCGCUCGGCGGCGGGCCCCGCAAGCGCAAGGCGGGUGGUCUGGCAGCUGCUGCCGCUGCCGCGUCAGGCGGCAAGGUCGCCAAGCUGAGCACGCUCGAGAAGAGCAAGCUCGACUGGGAGGCGUACAAGUCCGGACAGACGGCCACGUCCACCUCCUCUGCGCUGCCUCCGACCAUCUCGGCCGUCGGCGAAGAAAAGGCUGCGGGCGCAGGCGAGGCGCUCACCGAGCAGGAGAGGGAGGAGAUGGAGGCGCAGACGAAGGGCGGCGCGAGGGGACUGGGCAACGUCAAGGGCUUCAUUGAGCGCAAGGAGUUCCUGGAGCGCGUGCGCGGCCGGCUGGAGGGCUAGCAAUGGAGUCGGUGCUCCACUCGACAUGCUUGAGCGAUGCAAGAGAUGCUGAGCUGGUCUGGUCCGGAGCGGCGAGUGGAGUGAGAAGGCG